AUGCUUCAGAGGUUGUUACAUCAUUCUCCAAGGCUCUUCCGGCAAUUGCUCAGCUCUCGACAUUAUAGUAGUCCAUCGUAAGUUUUAACUUAUUUUUUUUUGGUAUUUAGGAUUCCAUUAGGCUAUAAUAGACUUUUAGAUGGCUGAAUAGGAACUGUAGGUCAAUGUUCAAAAUGAAAAAAUUGGUGUUUUGUUUGAACAAUCUGAUUAAACAAUUUCUGUGACUGUCUCUCCUCAUUUUCAACAGUCUCUCGUCCCCUAAUAUUUAAUGUCUUGAUUGUAUCGGCUAAGUAAGAGUUAAAAUUUUUAGAUCUUAAAAUAUGGCGUAUAAAGAGAGUAUGUGCAAAAUUUCAUCCAAAUCUUCCAGUCGAUUUCUGAGAAAUUUCAAUUUGAAAAUUUUUGUCUGACCGUCUCCUCAUUUUCAAUGGUCUCUCGUCCCAUAAUUUUGAAUACCUUGAUUGUAUCUGCGAAUUAAGACCUAAAAUUUUUAGACAUUGAAAUAUGGCAUAUAAUGAGAGUUUGUGAAAAAUUUCAUCCAAAUCUACCGGUUGAUUUUUGAAAAAUUUUAGUUUGAAAAUUUUCGAUUUUUUUUUUAAUAUUUUUUUUUAAUUUUUGGUAUUUUCAGACAAAUCGCAGUGACUUUCAAGACUCGAAAUGGCGACCUAAAAGCGACCGGAGAAAUCGGCGACAGUCUUCUGGAUGUGGUGAUAAACAAUGAUGUUCCACUGGACGGGUUCGGAGCUUGCGAAGGGACGGUCGCUUGUUGCACUUGCCAUGUGAUUUUGGAUCCAAAUCAUUUCAAAAGACUGGCGGAGCCAAGCGAAGAAGAGAUGGACAUGCUAGAUCUGGCCCCAGGACUCGACGACUACUCCAGAUUGGGAUGCCAAGUGGUGUUGACUAAAGCUGACAAGCCAGAAAUCACGGUGGUAGUGCCUGAUGAGACUCGGGAUGCCAGAACUUUGUAG